AGGUCUCAAAUAACCACUCAUACACUAAACAGGACUUUAAAGCUCACUGUGAGUGUGAACACGUUUAAUGAAUAGGCAGAAUGAGCAGCAUUGCAAAGUUUCUUUCUAAAAGACAGGAUAGAGAAGAUGGUGUUGGGACAAAUGAGAAAGCGAUACCAUUUAAUAAGCAGGACUAUGAGAGUCUGAAGCGUGAAUGUUUGGAGAAGAAAGCAUUGUUCUAUGAUCCGACCUUUUCUGCGGUUCCUGACUCUCUGGGAUACAAUGAACUCGGACGAUUUUCCUCAAAGACCAGAGGAGUGGAGUGGAAAAGACCAAAGGAGCUGUGUUCAGACCCUCAGUUUAUUGUGGAUGGUGCCAAGCGGACUGACAUCUGCCAAGGGGCUUUAGGUGACUGUUGGCUUCUGGCAGCCAUUGCCUCUUUGACUCUAGAUAACAACAUUUUGGAGCGUGUUGUCCCGCCUGGCCAGAGCUUUGGGGACGAUUACGCCGGCAUCUUUCACUUUCAGUUCUGGCAGUAUGGUGAAUGGGUGGAUGUUGUCAUUGAUGACCGUCUGCCUACCAGAGACGGAAAGCUGCUGUUUGUUCAUUCGGCAGAGGGUACGGAGUUCUGGAGCGCCCUGCUGGAGAAGGCCUAUGCAAAGGUCACCGGCUCAUAUGAAGCUUUGACAGGUGGUAACACCAUUGAGGGUUUUGAGGACUUUACGGGAGGUAUUGCUGAGAGCUAUGAAUUGAGUAAAGCCCCUCCAUAUCUGUUUAAGAUCAUUCAGAAAGCACUUGGGUUGGGAUCCCUGCUUGGGUGCUCCAUUGAUAUAACCAGUGCGUAUGAAACAGAGGCAGUGACCAGCCUGAAGCUGGUGAAAGGACACGCAUACUCCCUCACUGGCGCAGAAGAGGUUCACUACAUGGGAAGUCCAGUGCAGUUGGUUCGUGUCAGGAACCCGUGGGGUCAGGUGGAGUGGACGGGCGCGUGGAGUGAUAACUCCAGGGAAUGGGAUAAUGUCCUUCCAGAGGAGAAAGCGAAACUGGAUUAUUCAGCUGAGGAUGGAGAGUUCUGGAUGGCAUAUUCAGACUUUGUGCAGAAUUUCUCAAGGCUGGAGAUUUGUAAUCUAACUCCAGACACUUUGACCAGUGACGAUGUGGGUCACUGGAGUUACUGCCAGUUUGACGGCAACUGGAGAGUGGGGUCCACCGCAGGAGGAUGCAGAAACAAUAGAGCUACAUUCUGCUCAAACCCUCAGUUUGUAAUCAAGCUUGAGGAUGUUGAUGAUGACCCUCAUGAUGGAGAAGAUGGUUGCACUUUUUUGGUGGGACUGAUGCAAAAAGAUGGGCGCAAAGAUAAACGUCUUGGAAAAGACCUGAAUACGAUUGGCUUUGCCAUCUAUGAGGUUCCAGAUGAGUUAAAGGGACGCAGUAAUGUUCUUCUCGGCCCCGAUGUGCUGCUGCGUACAAAACCGAUUGCAGACAGCAGCACCUUCAUCAACCUGCGAGAAUUAAGCGAGCGCUUUAAGUUGCCUCCUGGAGAAUACGUCAUCAUCCCCUCCACUUUUGAGCCCCAUCGCAAGGGAAGUUUCAUACUGCGUGUGUUUACGGAGAAAGAGGUGGCCGCCAGUCCAAUGGAUGAAGAUAUCACUGCAAACUUGAAAAAGUAUUAUAUAUCUGAGAGUGAUGUGGACCCACAAUUUAAACGCCUGUUUAUGCAGGUCGCUGGAAAUGACUCAGAGGUGUCUGUCUCAGAGCUACAGAAGAUAUUGAACCACAUUGUGUCUAAAAGAAGUGAUGUAAAGACUGAUGGUUUCAGUGUGGAAACGUGUGGUCAAAUGAUCAGCCUGCUAGAUAAAGAUGGCAGUGGCAAACUUAGUCUGGUGGAGUUUCACACACUGUGGAUAAAGAUCCAGAAAUAUUUGGAAAUUUUUAAAAGACGUGACGGAGACAGCUCAGGCACUUUGAGUUCCCUCGAGAUGAGAGAUGCAAUAAAAGAAGCAGGGUUCCAGGUGAACGGUGAAAUACAUCAGGUGAUAGUCUCACGUUAUGCCGACCAGGAAUAUGCCAUUGACUUUGAUAGCUUUGCGGGCUGCCUGAUCCGUUUGGAGAUGCUCUUCAAAAUGUUUCAAUUGUUCGAUAAGAAGAACACAGGGAAAAUCGAGCUGGAUAUCCUGCAGUGGCUUUGCUUGGCCCUCAACUGAAAAACAGAAAAUUUCCCGGAGAAAAUUCCUUGGCUGGUCGCGUUGGAAUUGUCUUAAAUGCAUUAUGUUUAUGGUGUAGAUCAGAUGGAAAUGAAAUAAAGCUGUGUUGCAUUAUUCAUACAGUAUAUAGCCAAA